UUCCACCUCUCCAAGAUCUAAACCACUUCCCAUUACAGGAUGGGUCGCUUCUCAGCCCGGCUGCUAUUGCUGGCACUAACAGGGCCGUGCCUGGCCAGAGAGGAGCUGGAAUUGGUGACAGCUGUACAGGGAAGCUCUUUCAGUACAACGUGUUACUACGAUAAUGACAAAUAUUCACUAGAGGAGAAAUUCUGGUGCAAGAUGCUGCCAGACCAGGGAUGCAACAGCAGACUCUUCCUGAGCAUCCGAGCAAAGGGAGGGAAAUACCUAAAUAUUGCACCAAAGAGAAGGGUCAAUCUAACAAACUUGGGAACAGGCUGGAUUUCUGUGUCCAUGACGGAGCUCCAGAUAGAGGAUUCAGGAACAUACUUCUGUGGGGUUUACAAUCAUCAGACAAUUAUCCUAUUGAAAAAGAUUCAAUUGACUGUUUCUUAUGACGCUCCCAUGAGGCUAUCUGCCAAAAAAGGAGACUCCAUCUCGCUAAAUUGUUCCUAUUUUUUGAUGGACGACAGCAGGAUACCUAAUAAUUUUACCUGGUGCAAAAUGCUAACCGCAACUAGAUGUCAACCUGUCAUCAGCGUCAAGAUUGAUCAGAUUGUUAAUAUGCGAGAAAGGACCAGGAUAAAGCUUGACCGGUGGAACAGAGUGAUUAUAGUGACGCUGGAGGCGCUCCAGUUACGUGACUCGGGGGAGUAUCAUUGUGAGACCCAUUUCCAGGGAAGUACCAUGCUACUGAAGAGGAUCUCACUGAACGUUUUGGGAAAAAGUGUGUAUUAUGAUACAAUUAAUGAGGCUACUUCGCCUCCCACUAACGAGGGGGAAACCGCCCACCCAACUGUGGCCAGCAACAAGGAGCAGAGAAUUCUUUAUGUUGUCCUGGCACCGGGCUCCUUCCUGGCUGGCAGUGUACUGAUUGCUAUCAUGGCUACUAUUUUCACCAAAGGGAGAAAAAGAGUAGGGAACGGGCUGAAUUUUGGUGAACACCCUAACUGCAGACUAGCAGCAGAGCAGAAGGAUGAAGGACACCCCAGAGAUGCCACCCCAGAUGGGGAGUUGAAGAACGGUAUAAUAUAUGCCAUGCUAAGGCUCCAACCCAAGCCAAAGCCAGACGAUGUCACGUAUGCCAACGUGGAGCCUCCACCAAAACCAAAAGGUGCCAAACGUUCUGCUGAGCCCUCAGCUGUCCUGUUCUCCUCAGGCACCGUGGAGUAUGCAACCAUCAUCUUUGGAGACUCACCUCCACGGUCUGGGACUAAAGAGAAACAAACCAGCCCUAACUGAACUCAGAUCCCAUGAAAUCUAGUGUCCCCCUCAUAGCUCUUCUCCUGAACUGCUAUCGCAGAAACUACAGUCACUGACAAUUGAAUGCAUCUGGAAUUGAAAGGAAAAUACAUCCUUCACUGGUUGUCACUAG